ACUAUGCAUUUAAUAAAAAUCGUAUUUUACUAUUAUUAUAUCUAUGAAUUAUCAAGAUAUUAAAACAUCUUCUUAUCGAUUCCUAUUUGAGCCAUAUUUUAAAAAUAAUCAAUUAUCUUCUCUCUUUCAUAUAAAAUCCAAAUUAGAUUCUCCUCUUAAAUAUAUAACCAGAAAAGGUAGCAGAAUUUUUUUAGCCAUAAAUCAAGCUAGAUCUCAAAAUUCAAAAAGAAAAAAGUUUGAAAGAAACAAAAGAAAAAGACGACUAAAAAAAAAUAUACACAAUAAUAAAAGUCUAUCUACAAAUAACUUAGAAAAUAAAAACACUGUUUUGACAAAUAAAAAUCAUUUUGAUAAAAGGUUUAUUAAACGUUUUCUCUCAUUAAAUAAUUUUUUGCCUCCAAAUGAAAACCUAAAAUUGGUGUCAGGUAUCUUUAAUUGCCUAUAUUCUGAGGAUUCAAAAAUAAUUAAUGAUCAAUAUAGUAAUUAUACACACAACUAUAUGAAUGCCUUUAAAUUUUAUUCUGUUAAGUACUUGGCAGGAUAUUUUAAAAUAAAUAUGGAUCAAAUAUAUUCAAGUAACUAUUUAAAUUCGAAUAAAAUAAUGGAUAACCAUUACAUUUUUGAAAACAAUGCAGGACUAAUAUGUGUAACCCCUCAUGAUAUUCUUUAUUUAUUUUUAUAUGAUUCUAAUUUACGUCCACUUAAAUCUAUGAGGUUACAAAAAUGCUUUAUAGAACUCAACAAAGAAAAAAUAUAUUAUGAAAUGCUAAAAUUAAUAUCAUUUUCUAUACCUCAAGAAGAAACUAUAACACAUUUGCUCAAAUCACCUAAUAAGUUAAAACUAAAAAAAUUCAUAUAUCCUAACCAUACUAUUUCAAAAAUUAAGUCCUUUAAAAAUGAUGAUAAAACAUUUUUAAACCAUAUGCCAAAUUCAAUAUUUUCUCAUGAUGGUUUUGCUGAAAUUGAUAGGAAAUAUAUCUAUCUCUUUAGAUGGCCUCUCAUCUCACUAAAACAAUAUGGUAGUGAUGAAGGUUUGUUUGGUUUUGAGUGUGGAAGACAAGGUUCAACUGGUCCUGGAAAUUUUAAAUUUAUGUCCAAAAAGAGCGCCGAAAUUUUUGAAGAAAUACGUCAAAACCUUCAGAACAUAGUUAACGAAACGAGACUAUUGCAAGAGAAAUGUCAGUUGAAUCAAAUAAUCAGUUAUAAUACUCGCAAACUCGCUCUCCCUCCCGAACCCAAGAAUCGGAAUAUCAAAAAUUUAAAGUUACCCCUCUUCAACAAUGCGUCGCGUGAUAAUUCCUCUAAAGAGCCUAAAAAUAUAAUGGGUCUUUCAAAAAUAUCGGACGAUCCCGUUUCUGAUCCUUCGAAGGAUUACUAUUAUAGUAACGUCGAAACCGGCGAAAUUCAACCUUCCACUCCUAUUCACGUGCUUAACCAUGUCGAUAAGUCAUUUAUAUCACCCGCUCGAACACUUAAACGUAUUUGGACACAUUAUAGUCAUAGAUAUCAUCACCAUAGACUAAAGUCAAAGUCCGAUUUGAAUAGCCACACUGUAUCUUCUCGAAGUGAUAGAAAAAGACAAUUUUGUCAGCAUAAUCGUUCAAAAAAUCGACGAAUGUGUAUUACCUUUAGGCAUACUGAUAUUAACUCUGGCGGCAGUAAUUCAUUAUCUUCUGAAUCAACCCUUACUUACAACGCAGUAAGAAAUUCGCAAUCACAUAUCGUGGAUGAAUAUGAUAAGGUAAACUAUGACCCCAAAGAAAUUUAUUCCAUUUACGAUGUUAAAGCUAACGAUUCUAACCAUCUUAACAAGGGGGAGCACGUGUUUGAAAAUGUUGAUUUGCCCAUUUCUAUUCCGUCCAAAAUAAAAACUGAUGCCAAUAAAUAUCAAACAUCUAACCUUAUCAACCACACUAACUCAAUGGGCAACAGUGAAAAUUGGAGACGUAAACCUAUAAGUCUUAAUCUGGCCUCUAAUUUUGAACUACACCAUAUUGAAAAUAAACUAGGAUCAUUAGAUAUCAACAAUAAACAUAAGGAAUCCUCAGCCAAAUCUAAUGCCAAUGUUAGUAAGGUUAAGAGCCAGCCUCACGAUUAUUAUCAACUAUUUCAUAGUCAAAUUAAAGAUACGGGCCAAUCCCUUUACAUCUCUAAAUCACUAUCGGAUAAUGUUUACAUCAACGUUGGAGAUGUUCAUAAUGAAAAUGACGAAAUCUAUAAUGAUUGUCCUGAAUUAUAUCCAAAAUCAUCAGGCCUACUAUCCACUCUUAAUUACAUUGAAGUCGAUAGUAGCAUUCCAAUUCAAGAGCAAUACAUGCAGAGCUCAUCCAAUCACGAUUUGAAUAACCCCUGCGAUAUAAAAAAUGACAAUAAAACUCUGCCAUUUAACAUGUCAGACAAAUCAUUUACGACAACCGACUUUGAAAGUUUUACCCCCUCGCCUAAGAUAUACGCAGAUUCCCCAGGAUCUGAGAGUAAUGCUAAAAAUUUCACUAUUGGCACGAAGAAAGGUUCAACGUUCCAUUUCUCUCCCGCUUCCAAUCGCUGUGAUAGUUUGUCUUCCACUUCAUUUUCUUUCGACAGCAAAACGAGAUCAACCAUAGAAAAACAGCAGAGCUUACAGAAAAUAAGAUCCAGCUUUAAAUUUGCUCAUAUUUUAAAUAGGCUAGGUCUUGGUAAUGAAGCCAAAAUUUCAGAUUUAGGUGAUACAAAAUCGAUAGAAAAUCAAAUCGACAAGGAUGAACAAGAGAGAGCUACAAAACCCUUGGAAGAUUAUUCAGAAUUGUAUGGCAACCCUGAUCCCAAUUAUGCUAGAUUGAAUCUCAAAUCAAUGUGGGUUAUGAGCCAUUUGAAGGAAGACUAAAAUUUAAAAAUAUACACAUAAUAAUAGCAAUAAAAAUUUUUCAUAAAUGAAAUUAUAAAUUAUGACUUGUUUUUUUUUUAAAUUAUUUCUACAAAAUAAUAUAUCAUUAAAACAAAUAUGCAAAAUCAACUUUUAUCGCUCAAUAAUUGUUAUUUAAUUGAAUCAUAUCAAAUAUUAUGUACAAAAAUAAAAUAAUUUUUAAUA